AUGGCGGAAUCCAGGGUUGUUGAGCGGAGGGUCUCGAGGGUUGAGGAGAUGGAUGAGGAAGUUCUGGCGGAGUUUGGAUACAAGCAGGAAUUACGAAGAGAUUGGGGUUUGAUGCAUAAUUUUGGGAUAUCCUUCUCGAUUAUUGUAUGGUUCGCUCCCUGCCCGAGCUUUCUGGAAACUUGCUAACCUCUAUUACUCCCAUAGUCCGUUAUCACCGGUAUCACGACGUUGUUUCAAUAUGGCUUGGUGACUGGUGGUCCUGGAGGUAUGUUGAUUCGGAUUCAUAUAUUUGGGUACGCAAAGGGCUGAUGGGGGAUAUAGUUAUGUCUGUGGGGUGGAUUGUCGUUUCGGCUUUCACGAUGUUUGUUGCUUUGGGGAUGGCAGAGAUUGUUUCUGCUAUUCCUACGGCUGGGGGACCUUACUAUUGGUCUGCUUUAUUGGCUCCCGCCAAUCAUUCUGCUUUCGCUUCUUGGAUUACUGGUUGGUGAGUUAUUCUCUGCGUCGCUUAUAUUAGAGACUACUAACAGUUCUCGGGAAAGGUUUAACCUCCUGGGUCAAGUGGCAGUAACAACUGGCAUUUCAUUUGGAUGCGCCGGACUCAUAUCUACUACAGCGACUGUAAAAUCAUCUUAUGAACCCACAGCCGGAAAGGCAAUUGGGAUAUACGCAGCAGUGUUGAUCUCCCACGGAAUCGUCAACACAUUCGGCGUCCACGUCCUACGGUAUCUAAAUAACACCAGUAUUCUACUCCAUUCAGUUGGAGUCACCAGUCUCGCCAUCGCCGUCCUGGCAAAAGCUCCCACCCACCAAUCCGCCAAAUUCGUAUUCGCGACUUUCAGCGACGGCACAGGAGCAGACGGCGCAGACGGCUGGAGUAUUCGCGCAUCUCCUGCAUACGUAGCAGCCUGCGGCGCACUCAUGUCCCAAUACACACUCACCGGCUUCGACGCCUCCGCGCAUCUCUCGGAAGAAACGCGGAAGGCAUCGUGGAGCGCACCUAUCGGAGUCGUCUCCUCAGUGGGCUUCUCCUCUCUCUUCGGCUUCUUCGUACUCAUGAGUUUCCUCUUCUCGAUCCAGGAUUUCGACGGCACGGUCGGUUCGGAUUACGCACAGCCCGUGCUGCAAAUAUUCAUCGAUCUAUUCGGGGAUGAUGGAGCGGUGGUGUUGAUGUGUCUAGUCAUGAUUUGUGUCUGGCAUUGCGGACUCUUCUCCAUGACUUCCAAUUCGCGGAUGAUGUUUGCAUUUGCGCGCGACGGAGGGAUCCCUCAUUUCUUCCAUAAAGUGGAUGAUAAAUUCCAAUCGCCCAUUCGGACGGUUUGGCUUGCUGCCUUCCUAAGUUUCUGUCUUGCGCUCCCCAGUUUGGGGAGUUCGGUUGCGUUCGCGGCUGCGACGUCGAUUGCGACGAUUGGACUUUAUAUCUCCUACGGGAUUCCCAUACUGAUCGGACUCAUCUACCAUAAGCAAUUCAAUGCUAGAAAGGGACCGUUCAAUCUUGGGAUCUUUUCGAGGGUUGUUGCGUUUGUGGCUGUGGCGUGGAUCUCUUUCAUCACUAUUAUUUUCUGCUUGCCGACUGCGAAUCCGGUUACCAGCCAGACGUUGAAUUAUACAAUUGUGGCGGUGGGUAUCAUUGCGAUAGGCAGCUGUGGGGUUUGGAUUGUGAGCGCGAGGAAAUGGUUUGUUGGGCCCCAGAAGGAGAUUCGGGAAGCGGAGUUGGGGGUUCUGGAAGAGGCUGAGGGGAGGGUGGAGAAGGUUUGAUUUUCGUCGGAGUUGAUGUUGGGCUUGGUGUUUUGGUGGGGAUGCUUUUGGUGCUUUUUAGCGAAUACUUGGGAGGCAGCUAUUAUAUGGGAUUAUUUACAUUGUCA